AUGACGCAGCCAAAGAAAGAUAUCGUUGUGGCCAUAGACUUUGGUACAACGUUUUCCGGCAUAGCAUGGGCUCAUACGGCCAACCCUGAGGCCAUACAUAUCAUCCAACGAUGGCCUUACAAUAUUGCUGGCGACCUCGGUGGUCAGACAGCCGACAAGACGCCCUCUGAACUGGCAUACAACUACGACAAUCGCAAAGUCUUGCCUGUCUGGGGAGCCCAAAUUCCCAAGAACAUGCCACGUCUUCAAUCGUUCAAACUGGAUCUCGUCCCUGAGGGAAGGAAGCAUCGCAAGGCUACCCUUCUGCCCGAUCACCAUGAUCCUCGACGUAUGAAUUACCCACAUAGGGUGACAGCAAACAAAGUUUUGAUCGAUUAUCUACAUGCUUUGCAAGAGCAUAUUCCAAAGGUUCUCAAGGAACAGUUUGGCACCGCUCUUGAUUCGAUGUCGUUCAAAUAUGUGAUCGCGGUUCCCGCUAUGUGGCCAGAAAAGGCGAAAGCCCAGACACGUACUUGCGCCGAGAAAGCUGGCUUCGGACGAGCCUCGGAUAUUCAAAUCAUUUCGGAGCCCGAAGCCGCGGCAGUCCAUGUUAUGACAAAGGGUCAUCUCUCCGCCCUUGAAGUCGAUGACACUAUUGUUAUCUGCGACGCAGGAGGUGGAACUGUGGAUUGCAUCACCUUCACAAUUCUUGCGCUUCAGCCCGUGCUUCGUCUGAAGGAGUCCGCUGCCGGCGACGGUAAACUUUGCGGGGGGAUUUUCCUGAACAAUCUUUUCGAACAUUUUCUCUCUGGGCGACUGGGAAAUUGCGAGGGUUGGGACGACGAUACUCUGGGAGCUGCCAUGCGUGAGUUUGAAAUGGAGACGAAGAGAAGCUUUAGCGGUGAUACGAAACAAGAUUUUUUCGUCCCGGUACCAGGGCUCGCUGAUAAUGAAUCACUUGGUAUACAUCGAACUUCUUACAAAGUGACAGGCCAGGAGCUGAUGGAUACAUUACUCCCUGUUCUGACCGAAACCCUCGAGUUAGUCAUGCGUCAAAUUCGGCUUUCGAAAAACCGCCCCAAGUCCGUUUUCCUCGUCGGUGGGUUUGGACAAAGCCCGCUAUUGUUUGAAUAUCUGCGCCGUUUCAUUCCCCCCGAAAUUAACAUCAUCGCCCCUGUUAAUGGGUGGACCUCUGUCGCCAGAGGGGCUUGUGUAAAAGCGCUCGCUGACAUGUCUGAUCCUGCGCCCCAAAUCCAGGUCGAGUCUCGGGUGUCUCGAAAGCAUUACGGUGUUACGAUAAAUGUUCCGUUCGAGGAUGGUCAUGAUCUACGGAAAAGGUAUUGGGAUUUCUACCAUGGGGCCUUUUACAUCACUGGGGAGGAUGUACAAGAGUCAGUGCCAAUCACUACAUCCUAUGUCAGGCAUCUUCUCAAAACACAAGGCGAGGUGAAUUCUGUCCCGGUUCAAAUUUAUGAGUUGAAUACACUCGAAGGGGAAGAUGCGCCGUUGUACUUCAAUCGAACGAUCAAGAAACACGCGAUCCUUGAACCGCCACUUGACCGUAUCUCCAAGGCGACUAUCCCGGUUAAAGUCGGUGCAGAUUGGAAGGAGUACUACAAGGUCGAGUACAAGAUACAGGCCAGGUACUAUUCCGCACACUGCGAGCAUUCGUUGUGGUUUGGUGGUAAAGAUCAUGGUUCAGUCAAGGUUGACUACGUCUAA